GCUUCUUCUUAUUAUUUUUUAUUUAACUGAAUAUAUUGAGGAAUACAAGCGCCUUAAAAUGCGCUUCCGGUGACCGGAGUACGUGGUUUGUACGGCGGGGGCCCCUUUUUCAGCGCAACACCGCUAAGUCGCGCAUGCGCAAUGGACUGUUAGCUUGGUUGGACAGUUAGGAGGCAACACCGCGUCUGCCAGUGCCUUUAAACAAGACGCAAUGCUCCGCUGUUGUUAUAAAACACCCGGUGCCAUUAAGAGAAAGGUUGCAUCGACCGUGUCGCGGUAGUAUCAGCGAGAAACAGCCCCUCGUCGCGCUGCCAUCGCCGGUUUAGGUCACUCGGCGAAUGGAAAGCUGUUUCCGGGGGAUCGCUGAUUCAGGCGCAACCCGUGUGCGUCGGGAUAGAAAAUCCGUGCUGGGAGUUUUGUUUACAAAAUGGAUGAAUUUAAAGUCUGUAACCUGGACUACUUCCCAGAGAACAUUUUAAUAGACGUGCUCUCAUACUUGAGCGUAAGAGAGCUCGUCAGGGCAGGGAGAGUGUGUAAGAGAUGGAAACGCCUGGUUAAAGACCAAAGACUGUGGAGGACAGUCGACCUGACUGCAUGGAAAGGGGUGACGUCUCGGAUCCUUUGGGUCCUUCUGCGUCAGUACCUGGGCUGCGGACUGAGGUGCCUGCACCUGCGUGGUCUGCUGCUCUCGGCCCGAGGCGGCACCUUCCUCUCCGAGUCGUGGCUCAAAGCCUUGUCCACCAAAUGUCCCCGCCUGAGCAAACUCUGCCUUCUGCACGCCGACCUCAGGAGCCUGCCGACCUGCCAGAUCCUGCCCCGAUCGCUGCGCGUGCUGGAGCUGCGCGGCUGCGAGCUGCCCCGCAGUUUCUUCAGCCAGAGCCCGGCCCCUGCGACCCGCGACCGGGCCGAGGCCACGUCUAGCGUCGGUGCUCCGCAGCAAGGCGGCGGUCAGAAAGGAAAAGGCCUCGCUUGCCCCUCGGGGAUCUGUGUCGAGCGGCUGGUCCUCAACAACGUGCCGUCCUUCACAGACCAGCAUCUGCAGAAUCUGGCGUCGUGGGAGAGGCUCAGUCGCCUGGAGCUACGCGAUACCUUUCGCGUGACGGCAAACGGCCUCAGGAGCUGCGCGGCCAAAGAGGGGCUCUCGGGCUUGGAAGGGCUUUCGAGACUCAAAUAUCUAGAAAUAGGCAUUACGGGCCGGCACGGCUACCAGUUACAGAUGGCUUCCCUCGGGCUGGGGGCCGGGUGGCUCGGACUGGAGGAGCUGAGCCUCGGUGGGAAGGAGGUGGGACCCGGCUUGCUCUGCGCCAGCCGUCUGAAGGACCUGAAGUGUCUGCACCUGUGGGCCUGCACGCUUAGCGAGCUGCAGAUCGUGCGGAGCUGCAGGAUGCUCCGCGGCCUGCGCCAGCUGGAGUUCCUGGACGUGGUCUUCCAGCCUCGGCAGAGUCCGCCCGCAGAGGAGGGGCAAGGGCAGGAAGGCGGCGAGGAGCAGCAGAACGGGGAGGAAGGCACCGGCGGCGAGGGUAACGAGGAGAACAAGGCGCUGGAGGGGGCGGAUCCCUUCCCCAGUCUGCGCCGCUCGCUGGCCGUCCUGCUGCCGUCCUGCUCGCUGGUUUUUACUAACUGCUCUGUUCAGAUAAACGUAGACUGACUCGGCCGCAGUGGCCAGCAAGCAUUUAUUCUCUUUACAGGACGGAUCGGCUUCUUACUGGAGCGUUUUGGAGUGGCGUCAGGCAAGAUGGAGAACGCUGCAGUAUCUUGCCAUGAUUUAUUUAGACUAGUUUAACAGUUUGUGAAUUUUUAAAAUUUUUUAAUUUGUCAAUGUAUCAGGAAAAAAAAAUAGGGCAUUUUGGUUGGAAGUGGCCUGUAUUUUAAAGCUCUUUUAGUUUUAUAAGGCCUAGAAAAGAACAUUAUCACUACAGAUAAUUUAGCAUUUCAAGCAAACGUUGGUAUAUUUCUUUAGUUUGAUGAAUCAAAAUAUCAGAACUGGGGCUGGUUGGAUCAUGCAAACAACUCUCCUCAGAUGCCACAUGUUCAAAUAGAUCUCUCAUGUUUACACACAACUCUAUAUCCUCGGUAAGACGGACUGAAAAUCCUCCUGCCCACUGCCAUCAGCAUUUACAUUAUCUUUGAAGAAACCUGAAUAGUAUGAGUUAAAAAAAAAUUUAAUUUCCCUUUGGGAUUAAGAAAGUAUUUUUGAUUUGAACUGAAUGUAAAAGUUGAAAAUAAUGAAAUUAUUUGAAAGAAAAUGUAGAUUUGAUUUGUCAGGCUUUCAUAGUGAGAAUUUGUAGAAGAUCACAAAGUUUUCCAAAUGCUCCUCAGCUCGCUUGAUCAUUUGUGACACAACCUAAUUCUACAGAACGGUCUCUACGUUGCUUGUCUAUUCCUCAGCUGACAAGGUGUUAAAAGGACUUUUAUUUUAAUUUGUGACUUCGAGGUUGUUACAAGGAGAAGUGUGUUUUCUCGCGGGGAACAAAAUCAGUUUUCGGAACAUCUUUUAAGACAAAGCCGACGUGUCGGCUGUUCAACAGACACGCAGGUGUUUGAGUCAAAGUAGUGAAAAGGCUGUAAGACACAAUCCACCUGUUUCCUGUUGCCUAACUGGCAUAAAGUCAGAUAAUCAUGUUUACCCAUGUUGAUGUUGUGUUAAAAAUGCAAGGCGUAGCAUUUUUUUUCUGUUUCUGUGUCUUUGCUGGGGUCACGAAAAGAAAAGUGGCACCGAUGUUUGUUUUAUUACCAGCAAAAAUCAUGGAAGAUCUGCAUUGUGAUUCUGAAGGAUGUCGCAUUUGGACUUGAAUCUUGUAAUGGUGAAGUUGUUUAGAAUAAAAAAGAUUUUAACUAUAAAAAAA